GCCAGCUCCGUCUUCCUCCCGAUGACGGAGAGAGCGCGACAGAGCAGAAGCCAGAUUGACCCCCAGAAAGCAACAACUUCCGAGACACACAGAGAGAGGCAGAGACACAGGCAGAGGGAGGAGCAGGCUCCACGCAGGGAGCCCGACGUGGGACUCGAUCCCGGGUCUCCAGGAUCACGCCCUGGGCUGCAGGCGGCGCUAAACCGCUGAGCUACCAGGGCUGCGCAGAAUCCCUGCCUCUGAUGGAAUCAUGGGAUUAUUGAAAUGCUUCGGAAGUCCGGGUACCUGGUGGUGGUCAGAGACCUGGAACCUCCUAGAUGGGUGACCUUACAUCACAUCUGAACGUGAACGGGGAUGUCUUCAGCUUUGCAAGGAGUUGAGAGGCACCCCUGGCCUCUAACCACUAGAUGCCAGAAAGCACCCCUCUCGUUGUGACAACUCAAAAUGUCUUCAAGACUUUACCAAAUGUCCCUGCAGUAGCAAAAUCAUCCCCUUCCUUUUUUCCUCCCUUGAGAGUUGCUCCACUGCUUCACUGUAAAAUUCUCUCAACUUUACAGUAUGCUUUAAAUUUCUCAUAAAAGUUGGAGGGAAAAUAGAUCAAUAAUACUGAAAAAUACCCACAAAGCACCGAGUCAAAGAUACAGCUACGAAAGCGUAUGUACUAAUCUUAUUUCCAAGUUAUUAAUGAUACCUUGUAAGAAUGAACAUGUUCACAAAAAAAAAAAAAAAAACCCUGAGAUUUCUAAAAUGAAGAUGUAACACCAUAAGGGAAAAGUGUGCAUCACCUAUAUUUGGAUUGUGAAGGAAAAUCUAAAUUACUCUGCUGGUGGAGUCGCCUUCAAACUGUCCUCUUACUAGCAGAGACUAAUUUCCAUGCAUGCACACGGUAUUUCCUCCAGUCAGUCGCCACGACCAGCAUCCAGGCUCCCCUCUCCCUAAUGCCUUGCUGUUGAGGGACCAGAAGCAUCUCUGUUGUGUGGGAAGAUAUUAGGAACGCAGAAAAGGGAACCCCACCCCCACCUCUCGACACCCAAGCUACAUCAAACCGAACGAUUUCUACGCAUGUUUGAAUUUGAGGAGCGUUGCUUUAACGGACCAUUCCUUGACCCAGAAAACAGUGCCAGGGGCAGCGGCUGGGAAAUGCCAGCAGGGUGGAAUUUGAACCCCGCGACUCGGAAGAACGUAGCGGAGCUAAGACCAGCGGCGGAGCACCUGCCACCAGCCAGCGCCCAAGGGCUUCCGGGGCGUGCGCCCACGCGCAUGCGCCCAGCCGGGAGGGCGCUGCGCGACUUCCCCUAGGCCGCCGCGCUGGAGUGGUUUGUAGGCUUCGGAUUGCCCAGCCCUUAAACCCUGAGGCUCCCUCUGGAAGGGACCUGAGCUGCCCGUGCAGCCAGAAGAUCCAGGGUUCCAGCACCGAGGGAGUCCGCGGCUCCAGAUAAUAUGUCCUGAUCCUCAAACUAAAUAGAAAGCUCCGGGAAUGAAUGAAGUAUGAAGCUCUACAUAGAGUAGUUACUCAACGGAUAUUUACCAAAGAUGAGAAAGAAUUCCAUGAAGACACCAUUAACCAAGAUAAUGGGUGUUUGAUUUCACAGAAUAAAUUCUCUUUGAGAAGAAAUUUACAGAUAUCCAAAAAUGAUUGAGAUUGAACAGGCUGAGGCCCAGCUCUCUGAGUUAGACCUGCUAGCCAGUAUGUUCCCCGGUGAGAAUGAGCUCAUAGUGAAUGACCAGCUGGCUUUAGCAGAGCUGAAAGACUGUAUUGAAAAAAGGACGAUGGAGGGACGAUCUUCAAAAGUUUACUUUACUAUCAAUAUGAACCUGGAUGUAUCUGAGGAAGCAAUGGUGAUGUUUUCUCUGGCCUGUAUCCUUCCCUUUAAAUAUCCUGAAGUUCUGCCUGAAAUCACUGUCAGAUCAGUAUCGCUAAGUAGAUCCCAGCAGACUCAGCUCAACACAGAUCUGUCUGCAUACCUGCAAAAGAAUUGUCUCGGAGAUGUCUGUAUAUUAAAUGCCACAGAGUGGGUUAAAGAACAUGCUUCUGGCUAUAUCAGCAGAGACACCAUACCUCCUGCUCCAGGAAGUACAUUCCAGCCAGUUGAUCUCGUUCUCACAAGACUGUGGAUCUAUAGCCAUCACAUCUACAAUAAGUGCAAAAGAAAGAAUAUUUUAGAGUGGGCAAAAGAGCUUUCCCUAUCUGGUUUUAGCAUGCCUGGGAAACCUGGUGUUGUUUGUGUGGAAGGCCCACAAAGCGCCUGUGAAGAAUUCUGGUCAAGACUCAGAAAGUUAAACUGGAAGAGAAUUUUAAUUCGCCAUCGAGAAGACAUUCCUUUUGAUGCUACAAAUGACAAAAUAGAAAGACAAAGAAGAUUUUCAAGUUUUGAAGAAAAAGUGUUCAGUGUUAAUGGAGCCAGAGGAAACCACAUGGACUUUGGUCAGCUGUAUCAGUUUUUAAACGCCAAAGGAUGUGCAGAUGUUUUCCAGAUGUUCUUUGGUGUGGAAGGACAGUGACUGGCCAGAGGAGUAAUUGAAAAUAUUUGUCACUGUUGGCCCCUUGAUUUUUCCCCCUACUCUUCCUUGAAAGAUGAAGUAAUUUGGGGCACCUAGCUGGUUCAAUCAGUUAAGCUUCUGACUUUGGCUCAGGUCAUGACCUCAGGGUCCUGGGAUCGAGCCCCGAGUCAGGCUCCCUGUUCAGUGGACAGUCCUCUUGGCUUUCUCCCUCUCUCUCUGCUAUUCUCCCUGCUUAUGCUCUGUCUCUAAUAAAUAAAUAAAAUCUUUUUAAAAAAGAUUAUACUUAAAACAGUUCUCCUUUUACUUAUGACUUAUAUUUAACAGAUACAUUUCAGGGACGCGUGGGUGGCUCAGUGGUUGAGCACCUGCCUUCUUCCCAGAGCGUGAUCCUGGGGUCCCAGGGUUGAGUCCCACAUCGGGCUCCCUGCAUGGAGCCUGCUUCUCUCUCUGCCUAUGUUUCUGCCUCUGUCUCUCUCUGUGUCUCUCAUGAAUAAAUAUUUAAAAAAUACAUUUCAGCUCUACUUUUCUUCCCCCACCCCAACAUUCCGGAAUGGGGCUAAAGUAAAAUUACUUGAUCUUUUUUUUCCCCAGAACCCUGGGAUCAUGACCCAGUCAAAGUCAAAUGCAUAACCGAGUCACCCAGGCACCCUUUAAGUAUAAUCUUUAAAAUUGUUGAUAGAACGCUCUUGACAUAGAAGCUACCCAUUUUGAAAGAGAAAUUAAUGAUACUUGAGGGAGAUAAAUGUUGCAGGUCCAACUUGCCAUCUGCUCUCAACCUCGUCCCCCUUCCCUGCUUCCAUUUAAAACCUGAAAAAGCUGAUGCUCACUCUACAGCCUCUUUUGUGGCUAGGGAGGGCCGCAAGACACAGCUUUGGCUAGGGGAGUAGGUUAAAGGAGUAGAUGCACCACUUUUUCCCUUUCUGCCACAAACACUAAAGGGAGUUGCCAUGGUCCUUUGACUAUAGGGGCAGGACGGGCCAAAAGAACCACAGAGAUGCCAGUCCCCACAUCGUUGAGCUGCUGAUCCAACACCAUCCCCUGCCUAUCUCUUGUCAGCUUGUUACGCAAUUAAAUCAGUCUCCUUUCGUUUUCUGUGCCUGUUACUGGCAAUUGAAAGCUAAAUUGCCAAGUAGACUUUCUUCAAAGCUUUAGAUUUGCAUCUACCCCAACCAUUUGAUACACAAAUAGGUGAAGUUUCUCUUAAACAGCUUGCAAUUCAUCUCUAUUUUAGUCUACUUCUCUUGUCCCUGUCCCUGGGCUCACCUCACAUAAGGUUGAGGCACAAGAGGCUCAAACUUUUUAAUAGGCCUCAACAGUCCAUCAGAUUGGUAAUUCAGGGAAUUUGGUUUUGGUAAAUUGGAUUUUGACAAAUUUUUCAUCUGGAAAUGACUUUCUAUAAAUUUAUUUUCAGCAAAUUGGCCUAGAGUCAAAUAAACACAU